UAAGCCAGAUGACCAUCUACCUAGUUCCCUAUAUAAUCCCAGCUGUGAACCUGUAGUCAGGUACAGAAAUCUGCAAGAUAGGUGGAUAGAGACACAGAGACAGUGGUCGAGUAUGUCUGCAUGCCCAUAUUUUAGCUUCUCCUGCGACAACAACCACUGGAACUGCUGCGGCGAGGCCAAAGACCCUGACCAGCACGGUGAUGAUAAUUUUUCAAAGAAGCAGCCGGCGCCACAACAUCCACCGCCGCCGAUGCAGCCACCACCGCACGUGGUAGCGGCGCCGCCGCCUACUACACAGGCGUCAGCUUAUGCACCACCGUCGGAUUUGGUGCCUCCUCAUGAGCUGUCGCCGGCGCCUAAGACGCCCAUGAAGACUCCUCAUGCGCCGGUGCCACCAUGUUGUAACAAGACGCCAACUCCUGCCGCCGUGCCAUCCAAGAAAUUUGAGCCGCCGGCAUGGCCUGCCCGCAGCGACGCCAACGGCGGGGUGCCGGACAUGUCGGCGAUGCGUCCUCCUGUGCCACACAGGAUCUACGAGGCCCCGGCGCCGGGCGUGGCGCCACCACAGCUAGCGACAUCAACACCUACUCGUGCUUGUGCGUCACACUAUCCACUGGCGCAUCACCCUCAGCACGACGAUACCGAUUCCCGUGUGGAAUCUCAUUCGCAAGCACAUCUGCAGGAAUACUACUAUUAGGUUCGGGAACAUGUCUCACCUGCCAGAAUAUUAUCCGCACCAGUUGGAUUGGUGCGAACUAAAUGUCUAGCGCAGGCAUAAGAGAGAUUGGAUAGUGUACGCUUUGUGAUUCGUGGGUAUGUGUAUCAUCAAGUUUUACUUAGAUUUGUAUGAACGGCGGUGAACGCAAGAAAACUUAGUGAUACUGAAUGAUCUGGUGCAAAUCCGAUUUCUAACAAUAGGGCUUGAGCUGCA